AUGAAGAAACCAGCUGCACGAGACUUCAAAGAUCUUAUUCAGUGUGCCAUUCCUUGUUUUGACAGCCUGCUACCUGCACCCCACCAUGCCAUUGUUAUGGACCUGCUUUUUGCUCUUGGAAUAUGGCAUGCUUACGCUAAGCUGUGGCUCCACACCAACUCAACAUUGACAUCUCUUGAGUUGGCAACAACAGCACUCAGCCAACACAUGCGCAAAUUCAAAGCUACUACCUGCGCAUCCUAUGAGACAAUGGAGCUUCCAGGAGAAGAAACUCGCCAUCCAGGAAAACAACGGAAGGACUUCAACAUUUCCACAUACAAGAAUCACACGCUUGGGCAUUACGCCAAGACAAUCCGGCUCUUCGGUACGAUAGAUUUAUAUACAUCGCAAGUCGGAGAACUUCAGCACCGCCACUCAAAGCACUGCUUCAAAAGGACAAACAAAAACCGGUUCACGAAGCAGCUCGCACAACAUGAGAGCCGAGAACGUGUUUUGCACAAAGUAAAUGAACGCAUGAUGGCCUCCAGUCAACCCCUCCCAGCCCCUGCUGGUAAGAAGUUGGCUGCUCGUGGUGAUGCCCUCCUAUGCACGCGUCCAGAAAUGCACCAUCAUAUUGCUAGGUCUGUCAAAGAGUAUGACUACAUCACCCCUUGGCUUACCAAGAACCUCGGGGACCCUGCACUCAAGCUUUUUUUUCUAGAGGAAUUUCUUCCGCGUCUUCGGGACUACCUGCUUGCACGCUUACUAGGCAAAAUUUGGGACGGUGACGAGCACAGCUUCACAGAUGCAGAGGGGAGACAAAUUCUAUUUGACAAUGACCACCUUUACCGACACAGCACUGUACAGAUCAACUACACGACAUAUGAUCUACGUCGAGCCCAGGAUUCCAUCAACACGCACAGUCAUGCCGAUAUCAUGCUACUGUCGCAUGAAGAUGAUGGCGACGCAACCCCUCCUCACCCCUACUGGUAUGCCCGUGUCAUCGGCAUCUACCAUGUCUUCGUCAUGCACCCGACCCUGUCGCCUGAACCUAGACGGCUUGAUUUCCUUUGGGUCCGCUGGUUCGGCCGCGAUAUGGGCUCGCCAAGUGGAUGGGCCGCGAGACCCCUACAUCGUGUUGGAUUUGUCGAUAGCAACGACCCGAGCGCAUUUGGUUUUGUUAAUCCUCAAGAUCAUCUGCAAAACUGUCGGAGUAUGGCCACAGAUGACGACGCAUGA